ACGACGUGCGUGCGUCGGUGGAAACCUCUGUGUAGCUGCAGCGUCGGUGGUGUUGGAGAGCGCAUCAGUCACACAGCGUGGUGUAGGUGGACGACAGCGAACGGGUAAAAACAAAUCUAUAUCGGGAAAGCCCCAGCUGUCAGCGGCAGAAACCUGAACAGGUGCUCCUCCGGUGUCUUAGCGGCAUACGCGUCAAGGCGCAGAGACCCUCAACAGCUUGGCUCGCUCGUUAAUCUCCUCUGACGACAGCGCAUUCAGCUCGUGUGCGUAAAACUGGCAGUAUGGCAGGUUUGGGUCUGUGGAUCUGAUCAGUCAUCAGGAUUUUACUCAUCAGUGUUGUUCUAGUCUUCUUUUCGAGGUUGGACUCUGUGGACGGUAUUUCCUGGCGUUUUUUUAGGCUGGACAGUCAGAGCUGGAUACAAUGAGUCUUUGUUGGAUUUUAUAAUCUCUCCUUUGUGUUUGGAUUGUCAAACAGCUGCAAAAACUCACACUGAUAACACAGCAUGUUGCCAGAAAUAAAUAACAAGACAUCACGACCUGAGGCCUUCCCUCACCCUCACAGACUCCCAUCAGAAGGCAACCGUCUUGGAUCAAACCGACCCUGCCCACAGAAGUUUGGGCCUGGUGUCGGGACUUUACCUCAGCUUGAACCUCCGGUGGUGCAGGUGGUGGUCAGCAAUGCUAAAAACCAACACCAGCAGUCGGACAACAUCCUGCCCCAGAUUACCAUUAAAGGGGGUCAAAACAACUUCCAGACUCACUCGGAUGAGAGGCCGAAGCCUACCCAGCAGUUCACCAUGCGCUUUGGUUCAACACUGGACAAAGUUUCCGUCUCCCGCAACAGCAAGAUCAUCAGCAACAAGCUGGAGAAAGAGAAAUCAUACGAGGGGCAGAGGUUACCAAUGUCUCCCAUCGAGGCACUGAAGAACUUCCAAGACCGGCUGACGGAGUUUGAGCAGGAGGAAAUCAUGGACUAUGCCGAGAUCUGGUUCUUGGGUCUGGGCUCUCAGAAGAUCGAGGGCUCUCAGGGUUCACCGCAGAACUCAGGAUACGAUGAUGAGCAUGGAAGCUACAUCAGGGUGCUGCAUGACCACAUUGCCUACAGGUUUGAAGUGCUGGAAGUGAUCGGGAAAGGCUCCUUUGGACAGGUCCUGAAAUGUUUCGACCACAAGACCAAUGAACUUGUAGCCAUUAAGAUGAUUCGCAACAAGAAAAGGUUUCAUCACCAGGCUCUAGUUGAGCUGAAGAUCCUGGAUGUGAUCAAGAGGAAAGACAAAGACAACCUCCACAACGUCAUCCACAUGAAGGAGUACUUUUACUUCAGGAAUCAUCUGUGCAUCUCCUUUGAGCUUCUCGGGGUGAAUUUGUACGAACUCAUUAAAAAAAACAACUUCCAGGGCUUCAGUCUGGCUCUCAUCCGCCGCUUCACUCAUGCCCUCCUGAGGUGUCUGCAGAUGCUGCACAGGGAGAAGAUCAUCCACUGUGACCUCAAACCGGAGAACAUCCUCCUGUCUCAGAGAGGCCCAGGGAACAUCAAAGUGGUCGACUUUGGAUCAAGCUGCUAUGAACAACAGAGAGUGUACACCUACAUCCAGAGUCGCUUCUACCGCUCUCCAGAGGUCAUCCUGGGUCACAACUACAGCAUGGCCAUUGACAUGUGGAGUCUUGGAUGCAUCCUUGCAGAGCUUUAUACGGGCUAUCCUCUCUUCCCCGGAGAGAGUGAGGUGGAACAGAUAGCUUGUAUUAUGGAGGUUCUUGGGAUGCCUCCAAAUGAUUUUGUCCAGUCUGCUUCAAGGAGGAGGCUUUUCUUUGAUUCAAAAGGAAACCCUCGAAACAUCACAAACAGCAAAGGGAAGAAGCGGAGACCAAACUCAAAGGAGCUGUCAGCCGUGUUGAAAACUGAUGAUGCUUUGUUCAUCGACUUUAUCAAACGCUGUCUCACUUGGGAUCCAACCAAGCGUAUGACCCCUGAUGAGGGGCUUCAACAUGAGUGGAUCCUGGAGGGAAACUUUAACAAAGUCCGGCCGAGAGCGAGGCCAUCAGUGAAAAAGUCCUCAGACAGUUCAACCAACACAGAAAACAGCAACGAGCACGGCCUCCGCAAACAGUCUAAUAGCAAGCCUGCAGAGAAGGUCAGCUCAGACAGCAGCACUAAUGACAAGCUGAAGAGAGACACGUCAUCAUCUGGAAUAAAGAUGGCCCCUGCCGAGCGCCUGCGGCCCAUCGGGGCCUCAGCAGAGGAGGAAAUGUGUGAGAGCGACGGCAAACUCUCCUCAGAAACAGAGCAACACGACGGGGGAGGAGGAGAGAGGCCGGUGCACAUCAUCAUCAAACCUCAGGAGGAAUCGGAGAGAAAGGAUAGCCAGGAACCGUCUCAGUGUUUACCCCCGAUCAUUUAACACGCAAAGGAAAUGGGCUGUAGUCAGAGAAGUGGGAAAUACAGUUACACUGACUCAGUUUUCAUUUUCCCACCCGAGCUGGUUAAGUUACAUUUGGGCCACAGAAACACGAAAGAUCUCUACUCUUGUUUUAUUGCUGCAAGCACUGCCAUGUUGGCUCUGGGGCAGCAUGAGAUCACUAAACAUGUUAGAAAUGUUCCGCCUGAGUUUUGAGUUUUAUGUGGGAAAGUGAUUCAGUUGGGAGUUUUCUGAUAAAGUUAAGAAAAAAAAUUAGUUACUACACAAUGUGAACACUGAACAGUGAGCACUGAUAACCAGCAAAGAAGGAAAUCUUCUAUUUAUUGUUUUAUGUUCACAGUCUCUGUGAUUUAUUUCCUUUUCUAAAGUUUCAGUUUCAUGACGGUGAAGCUAAUCUACCAGGUUUAAUGUGAAAGUGACAGGUAGUUGAUUUAUUGAGUCUGAAAUUGAGACAUCACACCAUCUUAAUCAGGAAAAUGCACACUUAAGAGUCUUGAUCAGGUACUUCAAACCUCAUCCAAACAUUUUGCUCUUAUUGUUUUCCUUUGUAUUUUUGGAGCCCAAUCUUUGCUGUGCAUUGAAAUCAUUACAUGGACAUUUGCACACCUUCACUUUUUUAGUUUCCACAUAUAAAAAUGAUUAAAAAAAUGCAUGUGCAGAAACAAAAUCUUAGUUUUGGCUUAUCAUCUUUUCUUUUAGACAUUUCAGCAUUAGUUUAAUAAGGAUAAUGAUAUUAUGUGUGCAAUAAAGGCUGAGCCAAAAAUGUUUUUUUAAGUUAUCAGAGAAAUGAUUGUCAUUGUUUUUAAGUGUAGAAUGCAGUUAGUGAGGUAUUGAUUAUAAGUGAUUUCACUUAUUUAUUGUGACAUAUGUUUCAUAUGUGUUUGUUAAUUUAACUCAACAUACAAUAUGAAUUUGUAAUAGAAUAUAAUGUAAAUAUCCAAGUUCUGUUUUCCUAUGUUUGUGUAAUUCAUGAAUACUUUAAGAGAACAUUUGGUGUUGAGAGGUUAGACAAGGUUUUACUUGUUGUGAUGUUUCUCUAUGAAAACGUUUUGUAUGUCUGUGUCAUUCAUAUUUUUGUAUUAGAAACAAGAAGAAAAUCCUAUUAUUGAUAGUUUGUGCCUUGCAGUAUUAGAAAUUUUGCACUUUACUAUCGUGUGUGUAAACCUGGAUUAGAAACUGUUGGAUUCUCACGGUCAGACUUCCCUGCAGGAUCCCUUUAUUUGACCGAAUCCUCCAAUGUUACGAAAAAAAAUGAGACAAAUGUUUUAUUAUUGAUCAUCUUUUUUUCUAUUGAUUAAUGUCUUAAGUCGCCAACAGAGAUCCAAACUAGAGAUAAGACAGACCAGUGCCCUCGAUUUCUAUUAGCUUAGCUAUCAGAGACGCUGGGAGGGUGGACUGUAGCUGAUAUGAGAAAAGACAAAAAAAACAUUUUUAUGUCUAUUUUAAUGAAAUAAAAGUUGU